AUGAGUGAAGUCGUGGUUAGCGGGGUUCGGAGACUGAGUACCAUCUCUGAACACGAUCCAAACGAUGUGGACUCCCGGUCUGAGGUCUCUCUGGGGGGCAGUGAGUGGGCUGGAUCCAGGACGUCUCUGUGUUCGAAGGAGAAAACUUUGAGCAGCAGCGGAUUCACUUCCUUCGAAUCCCAUCAGCCUGACGCUGGAGAGGACUGUGCCACAAUCUUGCUGGCCUGUCUCUUCUGCCGUUUCUAUGACAUCGUAGUCACGUUGCCAGGCGCAUGCGGACGGGCAGUGACACGAUGUUUCCCGUCCUGUAAGUACUUUGACGCCUCCAGUGACCAGAAUCAAGGGAAGGAUUACUGUGACUGCAGUGUGAAUCUGGAUUGUAACCUCCUUAAUGUGUGCCAGGAAACCAGUGAAUUUCUAGAACUUGCAAUGGAGAUUUCUGAGGUGUGCUACCGCUGA